AUGAUGAGGUUCGCAAUCGUCCGGGAGGUGGACAGCUACAUCGACUUCGAAGAGGAAUCAACUGUCCUGGAUGAGGUCCAGUUGGUUGUGCCAUUGGAUGAUGUGCCGGAUGUACCACUGCUGCCAGCCAUCCUUGAGGAGGUGCCAGAUGUGCCGACUAUCCUUGAGGAGGCCACUGGUAAUUGGCAGUUGAUACCGAUUAGGUUUAGCUCCCUGUACUGUGGGCCUGUUGUGAUCAGGAACAAUGCCGGUCCGGUGGCUAAAGCUUGGAGAACUUUCCAGUUCAUCAGCCCCAUUAUCACCUACAUGCGUGGGGGAUCCCAGCAGGUGGUGGUGAGGAUGCACCAUGUGAGUAGGGUUCGAGGCCUGGAGACUCAACUGGUGUGGGCCAUCUCCAAGGAGACACACAGACUUAGUCCAGAGGGCAUCCCCUACUGUGCCACCAAGGUGCAGUCCAUCUCUUGGAUCCAGUGUGUGGCUGGCAGGGUGACCCAGUAUGCGUCUCACCUCCGCCACGAGACGUCUGUGGCCGUGACGCAUGGCUGCUACCAGCAAACUGAUGUCUCGGUGGUGUACGCCACUCUCCACAUGGGGCUGGAUGGGCUGCUCUCCUCCUCGGCGUGGUCGGAGGCUGCCUCCGUCUCUACGCCCACCACUCAGCAGUUCACUGAGCCAGAGCCUGAGGGCCACAACUGCUAUGAGGGCUGGGAGGAGGACCUGCUGCCUGAGGAGAGGGAGGUUCCUCUGCUAAACCUCUACCUUACCACCAAGAGAGUGGAGGACAUCGGCCUGAGGCUCGUCUCCCUGCGCCAGGCCUUUACUACCCUGCUCGGUUCCACCCUGAGCAGGAACCAUCUGUUUGUGGCGGGAAAGGUCCUACUGGGCGCACUGGUUCAGGUCCACCAGAUGGACGAGGCCGAAUUCAUCCGUGCCUAUAACGACUUUGUGGACUACCUGAGUGACCCCUCCAAGCAGAUUGACAUUGAGAGGGGAGCUGGCUGA